AUGACGGAGAAGUCGCAGAAGAAGUGGCUGAAGUGGCCGAAGAAGCUCCUCGGGGGUCGCCGUACAGUCUCGCCGGCUCCGUCUGCCACGUCGUCGACGAACGUCUGGUCAUCCGAUCAGGGAAAUACAGAACACGGAUUGAAUACGUCUUCCAUCGUCGCGACUGAGUCAUGUGCUCCUCCGUUCCCAUCUGCCGCUGCCGCCGCAAAGGCCGCCCGACCCGGCACAGAUGCGAGAGUCCCUGACGAUCACCAACCACCCGCAGCAUCGCAAGCACUGCCUCCUGCUCUGCCCGCCGAAUCCGCGCCCAAACCACCGCCAACCGAAUCCACAGAGCCCCCGACCCCCGUCCCCUCCGUGUCCGAGAGACUGUGGAACGAGGCGUACGACAGCCUUGAGACGGACAAUGCAGAGCUUGUCGAGUCAUACGUGAAAAUGUUGGAAACAGUUCUCGGGGCCAAUCUAGGCGUUGCUCCUGACACCAACAUCUCGGCCGAGCUCCAUAACCCAACCAAACGACAGAUGUAUAUGAGGGGGCUGGUGGAGGAAGGCCAGGCGAAGAUUUCCAGAGCGUCCAAGAUCACGAACGGAGUAGGCGACAUUGCCGAUUUUGUCUCGUCGGUCAAGGGAAUGAUUGACCUGGCUGUCCAAAGCGUACCGCAGGCUGCGCUUCCGUGGGCCGGUGUUUGCGUUGGGCUUCAAAUUCUCCAGAAUCCUGCGCAAGCGACGAAAUCCAACCUUGCCGGUAUCGCCCAUAUUAUCUCCAGAAUGGACUGGUACUGCGCCCUCACCGAACAUCUCCUGAACGAGAACAACGUUGCCGAUGGCAAGGACUUCCAAGCAGUCCUGCGCCAGCUGAAAAAGGGGAUCGUUGAGCUCUAUAGAGCUCUUCUCCAAUACCAGAUGAAGAGCGUUUGUUCCUACUAUCGCAAUCAAGGGCUUGUAUUCCUUCGCGGCAUGCUCAAUCUGGAUGAUUGGGACGGCGAUCUGAAGCUGGUUACCGACGCAGAGGCCAUCGUUCAGAAAGAUGCUGCCCAAUCCUUCCAAGAACAAACGAAAGCCUCCUUGGAGAAUCUCGUUGAGCAUGCCGAGGGAAUGGAGAGGCGACUCGGCGACAUCCACCAGGACAUUCGGGACUUCAUUUCGUUGCAGAAGGUUGGCCAAGAUGAAAAAUGUCUCCAGGACCUCUUCGUGGUAGAUCCGCAAGACGACAUGGACAAAAUUCAGAAAAAAAAGGACACUUUGCUCGACGCCGGAUACAACUGGAUUCUCGACACAAAGGAGUAUACAGCUUUCACAAACUGGAACUCUGGCGGGUCUACAUGUCGACUGAUGUGGGUCAAGGGUCAUGCCGGUACAGGGAAGACAAUGCUCCUGAUGGGCAUUAUUCGCGAGCUCUCAAGUCAGUCUGCCAAGCUUGCACCCAAGGUCUCGUACUUUUUCUGCCAAGGUACAGACCAGGCCUUGAACAGCGCAACGGCCACCCUGAGAUCUCUGAUCUGGCUACUCCUUGUUCAACAACCCCAUCUCAUCUCUCACUUGCGAUCGAAACACAGGAAUGCGGGUUCCUCCCUUUUCGAAGGCGAGCGUGCAUCCAUUGCUCUGUCCAAUGCAUUCAAGAGCAUGCUGAAAGACUCAGAGUUACGCCCAGUAUACUUUAUCAUCGAUGCUCUUGAUGAGUGUGAGGAGGGACUGGGAGACCUGAUCGACCUUAUUUCAUCUUCCCUUGCUCUCUCCGACAAAGUAAAGUGGCUGGUAUCUGGCCGGCCAACCGUCGAGCUAAAGAGCCCGGAAACAUCGGAUUCUUUGGUCGAGUUGGACGCUCAAAAGCUGAAACGUCCCGUCAACGCAUACAUCGACCACAAGCUUUCCAUCCUGAAGACCAGGGAAGGGUACAAUGACCGUAUCUUGGCUCAGAUCAAGGCUGAAGUCCGCCAGCAGGCCAAGAAUACUUUCCUUUGGGUGGCACUCGUAUUCAGAGAACUCGAUGCAGGGGCUGAAAAUCUGGACCCAGUUCACGGAGCGUAUGCCGUCGAGAUCAUCAAAGAGAUUCCUUCUGGUUUGUCGGAGCUUUACGACCACAUAAUGACCAGAAUAGAGAAGGGAACGAGGAAGGAUCCGCAACACUGCAAGAACGUCCUGGUAGCUGCUACUCUCGCAUACCGCCCUCUUACUCUCUCCGAGGUUGCCAUUCUCGCCGGUUUACCAUCCGAAAUUCACCCCCGAACAAUUGCCAAGAAGUGCGGCUCAUUCCUCACAAUCACUGGUGAAGUGGUCAACCUGAUUCACCAGUCGGCCAAGGACUACCUAGAGAAAAACUUUGAGUCUCGACUUCAGAAAGCUGGGCCUGCCCAAGGGCAUACGGACAUCGGCACGCGCGCGAUCGACGCGAUGUCUUCCGUGCUGAAGCUGAAGAGGAACAUUUACAACCUUGACUACGGCUUCAAACCAAAGGAUCUGACACCCCCUGAUCCAGAUCCGCUGGCUCCAAUACGAUACUCUUGUGUCUUCUGGGUCGACCAUCUCUGCUCCCUGAGCAGCGAUAACUCCAG